AAGAGAAAAUUGGCCAAUGGAGUAAAAACCAUAAUUCACGGGUCAGAAGGACACACUAUAUAAGCAAAGAUAAUGCAUAUAAGGUAAAUAAGAGAGAGAUUGUUCUUCAUUAAAGCAGAAAUUGGGUGGUAAGUUUAACUAUCCCAAAUAAUGUAAGAUUGCUAACUUAUACACAAUACUAUAGUAUUAGGUGCAAAUUUACUAGCAAACAACAGCAACUAACAGCCUUCUGGAAAUUUACUGUGGAAAAAAUACUGUUUGCAAAGGCAGCAGAAAGAAUCAUGCAGGACAACUCCAAGAAGACUGCUUAGGGGUGACAGCCUCAAGAAAACUACCAUUGAACUUUGCUACAUUAAGAACAAAGAUCCGUCAAACCCAACAGUAGCAGUCUCUUGUAGAGAAAACAACACUAGUUUUAACCCUAGAAGAUUCUCUAUUGGAACCUAAGCACAUAAUAUCUCUUAAAAUGUCAAUGAAUAAUUCUCCAAGUGUAUUUUUGGAUCCAAAUGCAAAUCGGUUUCAGGUUAAUGUAAUUAAUGAAAGCCAUGGCCAUGACAAUAGUGCAACAUCUCAAGAGGACACUGAUCCUCCACACUAUGAAGAAACAUCUUUUGCUGAUGAAGCCCAUAACAGACUGAGAAUCAGUUUCAGGCCUGGUACCAGACAGCUGUACGACAAUUUUCUUCAAAAUGGAGAUACUGCUAAACCAGAUGCAAAUAUACAUCCCUACGAUACUCACAGCAACACAUACUACCUACAAACCUUUGGCCAUAACACAAUGGACCCAAUUCCUAAAAUUGAUUAUUAUCGAAACACUGGCAGCAUCAGUGGCGUCAAAAUCAGCAGACCAAGCUUGUUAGAAAUCCAUGAGCAACUGGCAAAGAACAUAGCAGUGAACCCUGGUUCGAUCGACAGGGUUGCUAAUGGAGAGGGCACUCCAGGAGAUGAUGUGACAGCCAACAAGGAAGAAGAAAACAAAGGAGGAUUUGUAAAGUUUGGAUGGGUGAAGGGCGUGUUGGUGAGAUGCAUGUUGAAUAUCUGGGGUGUGAUGCUUUUUAUUCGACUCUCCUGGAUUAUAGGUCAAGCUGGAAUUGGUCUUGGAGUUAUCAUAAUUCUUCUCGCCACCAUGGUAACCUCAAUUACUGGGUUGUCAACUUCUGCAAUAGCAACUAAUGGGUUUGUCCGUGGAGGUCUUGGAGUCAUAGUUAUUUCUCUGAGUGUUGUAGUAACAACAUUAACAGGUAUCUCCAUGUCUGCCAUUUGUACUAAUGGAACAGUAAGAGGAGGUGGAGCUUACUAUCUGAUUUCAAGAAGUUUAGGACCUGAAUUUGGUGGAUCUAUAGGGCUCAUCUUUGCUUUUGCCAAUGCUGUGGCAGUAGCCAUGUAUGUAGUUGGAUUUGCUGAAACAGUUGUAGAACUGCUUAAGAGCAGUAAUGCAAUGAUGGUGGAUGAGUCCAACGACAUUAGAAUAAUAGGCUCCAUAACUAUAGUGAUACUUUUAGGUAUAUCUGUGGCUGGUAUGGAAUGGGAAGCAAAGGCUCAAGUUAUUCUCUUAAUCAUUCUUCUGGUUGCCAUCAUUAAUUUCUUCAUUGGGACAGUCAUUCCUACCAGCAAUGAAAAGAGGGCAAGAGGCUUUUUUAAUUACCAAGCUUCAAUAUUUGCAGAAAACUUUGGACCAGGCUUCAGAGAUGGAGAAGGAUUUUUCUCGGUCUUUGCCAUUUUUUUCCCAGCUGCUACUGGCAUUCUUGCAGGAGCCAAUAUCUCAGGAGACCUAGAAGACCCACAAAGUGCUAUACCCAAGGGAACAAUGUUGGCCAUUCUGAUUACAACUAUUGCUUACCUAGGAGUUGCAAUAUGUGCAGCUGCUUGUGUCGUGCGUGAUGCUACUGGGAACGUCAAUGAUACGGUUGUAUCCGGAACAAACUGUAAUGGAUCAUCAGCAUGUGCCCUGGGCUAUGAUUUUUCCAGCUGCAAAAGUCAGCCAUGUGCUUAUGGGCUGAUGAAUGACUUCCAGGUUAUGAGCAUGGUUUCUGGCUUUGGUCCUCUAAUCACUGCAGGAAUCUUUUCUGCUACCCUGUCAUCAGCUUUAGCCUCACUUGUCAGCGCACCCAAGGUUUUCCAGGCUCUUUGCAAGGAUAACAUCUACAAAGCACUCCAUUUCUUUGCCAAAGGUUAUGGAAAAAACAACGAGCCAAUCAGAGGAUAUAUUCUUACUUUCGUUAUUGCUAUGGCAUUCAUUUUGAUAGCUGAACUGAACACCAUUGCACCCAUCAUCUCCAACUUCUUCCUGGCUUCAUAUGCACUUAUUAACUUUUCUUGCUUUCAUGCAUCAUAUGCAAAAUCUCCAGGGUGGAGACCUGCGUUCAGAUAUUACAACAUGUGGGUAUCACUUUUUGGAGCUGCAUUGUGCUGUGGCGUCAUGUUUGUUAUCAACUGGUGGGCAGCUCUUAUCACUUAUGCCAUUGAGCUCUUCCUCUAUAUUUAUGUGACAUACAAAAAGCCAGAAGUAAAUUGGGGCUCAUCUGCACAGGCUCUUUACUAUGUUAAUGCCUUAGAAAGUGCACUGGCAUUAACUACAGUGGAAGAUCACGUGAAAAAUUUCAGACCCCAGUGCAUUGUAUUAACAGGAGCACCCAUGACAAGACCUGCCCUGCUAGAUAUCACACAUUCAUUCACAAAGAGUAAUGGACUCUGCAUUUGCUGUGAAGUAUACACGGGACCACGCAAGCUGUGUGUUCAGGAGAUGAACAGUGGCAUGGCAAAAAAGCAGGCUUGGCUUACAAAGAACAAAAGAAAAGCCUUUUAUGCUGCAGUGGCAGCUGACAGCUUUAGAGAUGGAGUCAAAAGUCUCCUUCAAGCCUCAGGUUUGGGUAGAAUGAAACCAAAUACCUUGGUGCUCGGAUUUAAAAAAGACUGGAGGAAUGCCUCUGCCAUGCAAGUUGAAAAUUAUGUAGGCGUUAUACAUGAUGCAUUUGAUUUUGAGCUAGGCCUAAUUAUUGUCAGAACUAGCCAAGGGUUCGAUAUAUCUCAAGUCCUCCAGGUUCAAGAGGAAUUAGAGAAGUUGGAACAAGAGAGGCUAGCACUAGAAACUACCAUUAAAGAUAAUGACUUUGAAGAAGGAAGAUAUGGUAUCCGUGGAUUCUUCAACAAAGCCAGCAAGCUCAGCAUUGCAAAACAUGAAACUAGAAAGGACAGCAACAUUAACACAAUCCAGUCAAUCCACAUGGAUGAAUUUAAUCAGAGGCUGCUAGAAGCCAACAGUCAGUUUAAAAAGAAGCACGGAAAAGGUACAAUUGACGUCUGGUGGCUGUUUGAUGAUGGAGGUUUAACCAUCCUAAUUCCCUAUAUUCUUACUACCCAGAAAAAGUGGAAGGAUUGUAAAUUAAGGAUCUUCACUGGAGGAAAGGUCAACCGGAUUGAAGAUGAAAAACUAGGGAUGGCUUCACUUCUAAGCAAAUUCAGAAUAAAAUUUGCUGACAUUAAUAUAAUUUGUGACAUCAAUAUGAAACCUAACAAAGAGAGCUGGAAAUUCUUUGAAGAGAUGAUUGAACCAUAUCGCCUCCAUGAAAGCUGCAAAGAUUUAACAACCGCUGAGAAAUUAAAGAGAGAGGCUCCAUGGAAAAUUACAGAUGCAGAGCUGGAAGCAUUCAAGGAGAAGAGUUACCGCCAGGUCCGUCUAAAUGAACUGCUACAAGAACAUUCAAGGGGUGCUAAUCUCAUUGUCCUGAGUCUACCAGUGGCAAGAAAAGGAGUUGUAUCUGAUCACCUAUAUAUGGCUUGGUUAGAAAUUCUCUCCAAAAACCUCCCUCCAAUCUUACUAGUUAGGGGAAACCAUAAAAAUGUACUAACUUUCUACUCUUAAUAAAAUGUACAUGCAUACAUUCUAAGAGUUUGAUUUCAGCACAUGUAUUUCUACAGGUCAGUGAUAAGGUUAACCUAAAAGCUGUUUUCAAGCCAUUGCCUGCCAACUAUCUAUUCUGGAAACCCCUUUGAGUUUGAUGAUCGGCUGCAGUCCAGACCUACCCUGAAAUCUCUGCUGAGUUGCUGGGUCUGAGUUUGAGCUGGCCUUUUCCCACUUUCUAUCCCUCCCUUUCUGCAAUAUAUUUGGGCAUCCAAGUCUUGAGUACAGAAGCAAUUUCACAGAUCCCCAUUGGGGAUGCAUGUUGGCAGCAGGGGGCAAGCAAUGGCUGUUAACCCCUACAGCCGUUACUCACCCCACUUCUACCCCCAUGUCUGGAUCUCACCUGCAAGGUCAAUCUAGAAUCCAGCCCAAGGAGCCAGCAAGUUUGAUAUCUGCUUGAAAAGGUUUAGACCCAGAAUUGGAACUACUGAUGAAAAAAUGUCCUUCUAAUGAUAAAUCUCCUCUCUCAAAAUCCAGUUGUAUAUCACACACCUGUAACCAAAUAUGAAAAAGUACACUAUUUAAUUUUAGAUGCCUUGGGAGUUUGCUACUGUAGAGACAAUUAACAGUCCAAUAGGAGCAUCAUAAAUUAUCUAAACAACUUUGAGAAUGGUACUGACAAAGUAAAGGAGAACAGCACUGGCAAAAAAGGAGUUGAUAAUUUAAUACGGCAUAAGUAUAACUUACUAUAUCUUGUUUAAUUUUUCUAAUUAUAUAAUUGCUCAAAUAACAGAUUAUAUGAUACAUGCCCUGUGUCUGAGCACAACUGUGUUUUUGAACGUAUGUGACUUAAAACUCUACCAAAUAUCUUUGCAGCUGUUGAAAAUACAUUAUAUGCACAUUGGCUUCUGACUAGCUGAUGAACAAGAAUUUUGAAACUAACUUUUCAAUCUGUCAAAUUAAAUGUAUGACUGCAGUAAUCACAUGUGGUUAUGAAAGAGAUUUCAAAGAGAAGUUAAUGAAAUACUGUACUAAAUCUAUUAUGUUUUGCUCCAUUUGUGUUGUUUUACCCAAACAUCUAAUCUUGCAUGAUUCAGAAGAUUGAAUUUUACAUUGAUUUGGUAAACUGAUAAGAAAAUGUAAAAUAAACUUGACUUUUAGUCCUAAUUUGAAUAUCUUAAUUUUCCUAAUGUACACAGACUAUUUCUGUUAAAUAUUUUAACUUGAAAUAAUGAAAUAAAA